GGCUAAGUACAUAUACAUUGAUUUUAAGUAUAAAAACAAGAAAGGAUCAGUUCUAAUGAUUCAGUUGGUCUUAGCGAACUAAUGAGGAUAAAAUAAUUACUACGUCCAAAGAACAAAUAAAGAUUUUUUGGGAAGAAUUGGUGUUCAACUAAUAUUUCACUUAAUUCUUCUAAGUCAUAAACAUGGCUAGCCAGUGGGGACAAAAGGCAGAAGAGUUGGAGAUUUCAAAUAAAGUUGCAGGGCUGGGCUUGGAUAAAAAACAUAACCAAGAAACAGAUUCUGAUGAUGUACCUGAUACCCCUAAUGCAGCCGAUACUUCUCUUUUAAUGAAAAUCAUACGGCAAGGUCUAGUUGAAUCUAAACUAGAUAUAGAAAUACAGAGAAAAGAUCCUAAUUCACCAUUGUAUUCUGUAAAAACAUUUGAAGCUUUGCAUUUGAAGCCAAAUUUACUGAAAGGGGUAUAUGCUAUGGGUUUUAAUGCUCCAUCUAAAAUUCAAGAAACAGCACUUCCUACACUCUUAGCUGAUCCUCCACAGAAUAUGAUAGCCCAGUCACAAUCAGGUACAGGAAAAACUGCUGCCUUUGUUUUAGCGAUGUUAAGCAGAGUUGACUCUAACAAGAAUUAUCCUCAAGUAUUGUGUCUUAGUCCCACAUAUGAACUAGCCAUACAAACUGGUGAAGUUGCUGCAAAAAUGGCAAAAUUUUGUCCUGAAAUAAAGUUAAAGUAUGCAGUUAGAGGGGAAGAACUUCCCAGGGGUUCAAAAAUCACAGAUCACAUUCUUAUUGGUACUCCAGGAAAAAUGUUUGAUUGGGGUGUCAAGUUUGGCAUGUUUGAUAUGGGUAAAAUUAAAGUUUUUGUGUUAGACGAAGCAGAUGUCAUGAUCAAUCGACAAGGGCAUCAAGACCAAUGCAUUAGAAUUCAUAAAUGCUUACCAUCAACAUGUCAGAUGAUGUUUUUCUCUGCAACAUAUGGUACUGCAGUCAUGCAAUUUGCUGAGAUAAUUGUUUCUAAUCCAAUUAUAAUCAGACUUUUGAGAGAAGAAGAAUCACUGGAUAACAUAAAACAAUAUUAUGUAAAGUGCAAAAGUGCAGAAGACAAAUAUAGAGCAAUUUGUAACAUUUAUGGUGUAAUAACAAUUGGUCAAGCAAUUAUAUUUUGUCAUACACGAAAGACUGCAAGUUGGUUGUCUGAAAAGAUGUCAAAGGAUGGUCACUCAGUGGCUGUCCUUUCUGGUGAAUUGACAGUUGAGCAGAGAAUUGCAGUACUGGAUCGCUUUCGGGUGGGUCUUGAAAAAGUAUUGAUCACAACUAAUGUUUUGUCUCGUGGAAUUGAUGUUGAACAAGUUACUUUAGUUGUCAAUUUUGACAUGCCCAUGGACAUGAAUAGAAAAGCAGAUUGUGAGACAUAUCUGCACAGAAUUGGGAGAACUGGUAGAUUUGGAAAAGCUGGUAUUGCAAUUAACCUCAUAGACUCUCCACAAGCUAUGGAGAUCUGUACAGACAUUGAAGCACACUUUGGUAAGAAAAUUCAAUUACUGGAUAUUGAAGAUGCAGAAGAAAUAGAAAAGAUUGGGGCUUAAUCAAAAUUAUAUUUGAUAAAAAAAAAA